GAGAGAAACAUUCGUCACUUCCUCUGAUGGGUAAAUGUUCUCUCACUUCUUUAUUUAAGGCUGGCUUUCAUUUUGCUUGUGCAUGGGACUGAUCAGACGAAGUGAAAAUAAAGAAGAAGUAAGUAUAUGAUAGACAACAUUAUUUUGACAUGAAACCAUGAAUUUGUUACUUCGUUUACUUUUUCAAGGUGUUCUGCUGUACAAGACUUUGGCAUGGGAAGUGAGAAUGCCAAAGGAAAUUCAUGGCCUCAAAGGCUCCUGUCUGGUUAUACCGUGCACUUUUUCUUACACUUUAUACCCACCAACUAACCCACGUAGAGUUGUGUGGUAUCAGUAUGUGUCGAAAGGCUACCCUUUAGUUUAUGAUCCCAAGAAAACAAAAGAAGUCAUAAGCAAAUUCAGAGGAAAAACUGAUUUAUACGGUGACCCAUCAGAAUGGAGUUGCAGUCUGCUGAUCAAAAGCGUGGAUCUGUCCCACAAUGGAGAGGCAUUAUAUGCAUGGAUUGACCCAGAAAAUGUUGGAUGGCGCACCUAUGAGUUUUAUGAGGUCACCUCCACGAUUCUUGUUGACACAGGUCCAAGGCAGCCCACUAUCAAUAUAUAUGGAGGUGCAACGACUGGCGACAGCAUUACAGUUGCAUGUUUUACUUUCCACACCUGUCCAUACAACAAACCAAACAUCACUUUAAAGGGUAUUGAAGGAUCUGAUAAUGUAGACGAUGUCCAUAUUGAAAACGGUCUGUGGAAAAUCACUCGGACACGCACCGGUGUUGUGAAGGAUGAGCACUCAGAAAUUGAGUGUAAUGUUACACAUCAUGGAGGCAUAAUAGCAAGAGCCACAAAAAACAAAAAUGCAGUGUCCAUUUCCGUAAAUGAAACUUAUGGGAUGACCUUUGACAUGAAGGCAACUGGGGUUUACAUUUUAGCCCCUUCAUUUGCCUUGCUUCUCAUUUGCAUAUUUGCUGGAGUCAUAUGCAAGAAGCGUAACAGGUCUUCACACAAUGAUACCCAAGAAUCACAGACUGAACAAAAGUUCAAUGAUGCACAUGCAGCGUCAGCAAUCAAGCCCUUCUCUAAACCUUAUAUGCCGUCACCAAAAAGUCUGCAAAAAUCCUACCCUGUUCAGGAUAUUUACAACAACACGAAUGAUUGUGAUGAUUAUGAAAAUUUCUUAUGAAUAUGCCCUACAACUCCAAAAUGUAUUCAAUACAAUGUUUUUAUACAGACAAAAACAAAAAUGUCAAUAUUUACCAAAUUAAACUUUGUUAUUUUUAUAUUAAACAAAUUACUAAUUUUGUUUGUCAUCUGUAUCUUUGUUUG